GAGAGAGAGAGAUAGAGACUUUACAAAUUACAAACUGAAACUGUGUCGCUCCACUCACUCUCUUGUUCGCUCUGCUUCUGCCACCUUAUUUUCUUCCAUGGACGACUUCUUCGCUCUAAUUUGCCCUAAUUCUCCAUUCGUAUGGGAUGGAAAGAGAUUCUCCGAGUGCUUUGAAGACAUUGUUUUAGGUUUAGCAGUGAACAUAGUGACUAUUGUUAUGAUUGUUCUGCUUGGAAUUUAUCAAAAGAUUGCCCGAGGAGUUCGGAGACCAGAAGCUCAGAUGGCCCUUCCAGAGAAAGUUGUCCUGGAUUUCAUACCAGCUGUUGGAGCAUGUUUUUCAAUCUCGAACAUAAUUUUCUUGUGGAAGAAAGAACAUGAUGGUCAUUUUGUGGAAUAUCAUAAAUGGUUUUAUAGUUGUUCUGAAUUGGUUGUGUGGAUAAGUAUCGUUCUCUUCACAAGGUGUGUCAGCAGUCAUUACAUUGUCUUGAACUGUGCCUUAUGUUUAUGGUGGAUUCUAAAACCAAUAUUGGGGGUUUUCCAUUUGAUGACAAAGUUUCCAUCAUUGGAGGUUUCAGUAUUAAUCAUAGAAAGCAUACUUGUUCUCUCCAAUAUCUCAUUUGGCAUUGCUAUCAAUGUGAUGAGGAUAAAGAGACUAUCUACAAAAAGCAGUUUAUUGGAAGAGCCACUUCUUUCCAAUGGUGUGGACCUUGAGGAAGGUGGCAAUCGUGACCUUGGAUUUAACGGAGACCUUUGGGAUUUGAUGACUUUCAAAUUCAUAACUCCAGUAAUGAAUUGUGGUGUUGUAAAGCAAUUAGACUUUGAAGAUCUUCUGCCACUACCUACUGAUAUGGGUCCUUCUCCCUGUCAUGAGAUAAUUUUAUCCUGUUGGCGAGCUCAGCUGAGUAAUAACAGUUCAAGCCCAUCCUUGCUUAGAGCACUCUGCAGUGCAUAUGGUUGGCCAUAUCUCCGUCUGGGUUUGUUGAAGGUGAUUAAUGAUUGUAUUGGUUUUGCGGGACCAUUGCUUCUCAAUAAGCUGAUCCAGUUUCUUCAACAAGGUUCAGUGAAUUGGGAUGGCUAUUUACUUGCAUUAUCCUUGGGUCUCACCUCUAUAAUUAAAUCUGUUUUAGAUACACAAUAUACUUUUCAUCUUUCCAAACUGAAGUUAAAGCUGCGAUCUAGUAUCAUGACUCUUAUCUAUGAGAAGUGUCUACGUGUGAACCUAGCAGAGCGUUCAAAAUUCACAAAUGGAGAAAUUCAGACAUUUAUGUCAGUGGAUGCUGACCGAACUGUCAACUUGUGUAAUAGUUUCCAUGAUAUGUGGAGCCUGCCUUUACAAAUUGGAGUGGCACUUUAUCUUUUAUAUACUCAAGUCAAAUUCGCAUUUGUAUCUGGAUUAGCGAUAACCAUUCUGUUAAUACCAGUGAAUAAAUGGAUAUCAAAAUUGAUUGCAAGAGCCACUGAGCAAAUGAUGAAGCAGAAGGAUGAAAGGAUUCGUAAGACUGGAGAACUUUUGACAUAUAUUCGUACUUUGAAGAUGUAUGGAUGGGAACUUCUUUUCUCGAGUUGGUUGAUGGAAACAAGAACUUUGGAAGUGAAACACUUGGCUACUCGGAAGUAUUUGGAUGCAUGGUGUGUAUUCUUUUGGGCAACAACACCGACACUCUUUUCUCUUUUCACAUUUGGACUCUUUGCAUUGAUGGGACAUCAACUUGAUGCAGCAAUGGUUUUCACUUGUCUUGCUUUGUUCAACACAUUGAUUUCACCACUGAACUCAUUUCCUUGGGUGAUUAAUGGAUUGAUUGAUGCCAUCAUAUCCUCCAGACGGCUAAGUAGGUUUCUCUCUUGUCCUGAACAUAAAUUUAAAGUGGGAGAGAUCAGUUCCUGUUCAUCAUCAUUCCUGAGUAAACAGCCUGAUUCUUUACAAAGUUUGGCUGUCUUUAUCGAAGAUGCGUGUUGUACUUGGUCAAGCAGUGAUGAACAAGCAUUAAACUUGGUGCUGAAUCAUGUGACUCUAGGCCUGUCCAAGGGUUCCUUUAUUGCAGUUAUUGGAGAGGUUGGUUCAGGUAAAUCAUCCCUGUUAUAUUCAAUUCUUGGAGAAAUGCGGGUUGCUCAUGGAUCUACUCAUUGCAAUGGUUCGGUAGCUUAUGCACCACAGCUUCCUUGGAUUUUGUCUGGAACUGUGCGUGACAAUAUAUUGUUUGGGAAAGGCUAUGAUCCUAAAAGGUAUGCAGAUACACUGCAAGCAUGUGCGUUAGAUGUGGAUAUCUCAUUGAUGGUUGGAGGUGACAUGGCUUAUAUUGGAGAGAAAGGAGUCAACUUAUCAGGUGGACAGAGAGCUCGUCUUGCUUUGGCAAGGGUACUGUAUCAUGACUCAGAUGUCAUUAUGCUUGACGAUGUCCUGAGUGCAGUUGAUGUUCAAGUUGCUCAAUGGAUCUUACACAAUGCAAUUCUAGGUCCUCUUAUGCAGGGGAAAACUCGACUUCUUUGUACCCACAACAUUCAGGCAAUAUCUUCUGCUGAUAUGAUUGUUGUAUUGGACAAAGGACACGUAAAGUGGAUGGGAAGAUCAGCUGACUAUUCAGUUUCUUCAUAUACAGCAUUCUCACCACUGAAUGAAAUUGAUUCAACUUUACAUGAUCAUAGACAAUCUUGCAGCACAGAUUCUUCUUCCAAAUCUAUGGAGCAGUAUCUUCCUGAUAGAGUUAUUGUGGAUGCUCUGGAGGGAGCCGAGGAGGUAAUUGAAGUUGAGUUGAGGAAAGAAGGAAAAGUUGAAAUUGGGGUGUACAAGAAUUAUGCUGUCUUUACUGGCUGGUUCAUCACAGUUGUUAUAUGUCUCUCAGCUAUUUUGAUGCAAGCUUCUCGUAAUGGAAAUGAUUUAUGGCUGUCAUAUUGGGUUGAUACAACAACAAAAAGCGGUCAAACGAAAUACUCCGUGUCUUUCUAUCUGGUUAUACUAUGUCUCUUUUGUAUUUUGAAUUCCUUUUUCACAUUGGUGAGGGCAUUCUCUUUUGCGUUUGGUGGCUUACAAGCAGCAACUAAGGUACACAAUAGACUGCUUAGCAAGCUUAUCAAUGCACCUGUGCAAUUCUUUGAUCAGACCCCAGGUGGAAGAAUACUGAAUAGGUUAUCAUCAGAUCUCUAUACAAUUGAUGAUUCUCUUCCAUUCAUUAUGAACAUUCUCCUAGCUAAUUUCGUGGGCCUGUUGGGUAUUGCAAUAGUUCUGUCUUAUGUACAGGUCUUCUUCUUAGUCUUGUUAUUGCCAUUUUGGUAUAUCUACAGUAGACUUCAGUUAUUCUACAGAUCAACAUCAAGAGAAUUACGACGACUGGAUAGUGUUUCUCGUUCUCCAAUAUAUACAUCUUUCACCGAAACACUUGAUGGAUCAUCAACAAUUAGGGCGUUUAAAUCUGAGGACUUUUUCUUUGCAAAAUUCAUUCAACAUGUAACAUCGUAUCAGAAGACUUCCUAUACAGAGAUAGUGGCGAGUUUGUGGCUUUCAUUGCGUCUUCAGUGGUUAGCUGCAUUUGUCAUCUCAUUCAUAGCCCUUAUGGCUGUUGCCGGAUCACUGGGCAGUUUGCCUAUCAACUUUGGCACACCAGGACUGGUAGGUUUGGCCCUCUCAUAUGCAGCUCCAAUCGUGUCCCUCUUGGGGAGUUUCCUAACAAGUUUCACUGAAACAGAAAAGGAAAUGGUUUCAGUUGAAAGAGCCCUUCAAUACAUGGACAUUCCUCAAGAAGAACAAGCUGGAUGCCUAAACUUGAAUCCAGAUUGGCCAAAUCAAGGAGUUAUUAAAUUCCAGCAUGUUACUUUGAAAUAUAUGCCCUCUUUGCCUGCCGCACUCUGCAAUCUUAGUUUUAGAAUUGCAGGAGGGACACAGGUUGGAAUAAUUGGAAGAACAGGCGCUGGAAAGUCUAGUGUGUUAAAUGCCCUUUUCCGCCUUACCCCAAUAUGUACAGGCUCCAUCACAGUUGAUGGCAUGGACAUUCAAAAUAUUCCUGUCAGAGAACUACGAACACAUUUGGCUAUUGUCCCUCAGAGCCCAUUCUUGUUUGAAGGAUCACUAAGGGACAACCUUGAUCCAUUCAAAAUGAAUGAUGACUUAAAAAUUUGGAAUGCAUUGGAGAAAUGCCAUGUGAAAGAGGAAGUAGAAGCAACCGGAGGGUUGGAUAUUCUUGUAAAGGAAGGCGGUAUAUCAUUUUCAGUUGGCCAGCGACAGCUUCUUUGCCUUGCGCGCGCAAUUCUCAAAUCUUCAAAGGUUCUUUGUUUGGAUGAAUGCACGGCCAAUGUAGACACUCAAACUGCUUCACUGCUUCAAAGUACCAUAUCCAGUGAAUGCCAAGGAAUGACAGUGAUCACAAUUGCUCAUCGGAUUUCAACUGUUAUAAAUAUGGAUAACAUUCUGAUCCUUGACCAUGGGAACCUGGCUGAACAAGGAAACCCUCAGGUUCUUUUGAAAGAUGACACCUCUAUAUUUUCUAGUUUUGUUAAAGCUUCAUCAAUGUAAGGAGCUGCUUACAUUAGAUUACGAGAUCAGACAAGAGUUCGGUUCGAUGUAGGUCUCUAGAUAUGCGAAGAAUGUGAAAUUUUUGUGGCUAUUAUAUAACAUCACACAUCAUCUGCAAAGAGUGUUGGAGAUGAUUAUCAACGUGGUAUCAUGUUUGGUGUUAUGGGUAUUUUCUUCACUGGUCAGCUUGUUGUAAAAUAUCAAACCUAAAUUAGCUUUUAUUUUGUGUGAUAAAAGACCAUGGAUUAUUGAUACUACUGCGAAGUUCCAAAGUUGCAAAUCUAUGACCCAUUUGCUGAAUGUUUAGUUAAAAA